UUUCGCCUAUUCUUGUUAAUGUGUUACUUUACACCAUUCUUGUAAAUUCUCAUAAUACAUCUGAAAUAUGGAUUGUCUAUCUCUCUUUUGUGUUUCUUUAUCCCCUAAUAAUGUAAAUAUAAUGUUUUUAUACCACAUCGAAUUGAUUGGCAGCCAAAUGUUCAAUUGUUCCAUAAAUAGACGUAAGAAAGUUUUAAAAAAUAUUUGUUUCACUUCCACAGUAUCGCUAGGAAUGUCGUUAUCAGACCUGUUCGGUGAUUUGGGGGAUGAAGAAGAUGAAGACGAUUACCGACCAGACGCUAACCAAAUAUCGGACAUUGAAGAUGAAGAAGAAUUGGAAUCUGUUCCCUCAAACAGUGUCAAAACAGGCGAAUCAAGAGGUUUUUCUAUGGGAGAAGAGCUUCUGAAGCCCAUGAAACCACCAGAAUUUGAUUCAGAUGAAGACAUAAGCACAAAUAGGAGUCAUGAAAAGCGGAAAACAACCAUUAGCAGUGACGAUGACGCUGAAACGGCGUCAGAUCUAAGGCAGUUAAACAAGAAUUUGUUCGGAAGUGACGAUGAUUCUGAUGAAGAUGACCCGGUUGUGCCUGUCCCUAAGAGUGAACCUGAACCCAUUGCUGUACGACCUCUCCAAAAUGCGGACGAUUUUUUCAAGGACUCUGAUGACGACGAUAAGAUCGACAAAACAUCUAAAACGACCGCAGCAGAUCUAUUUGGUAGUGAUAUUGAUGAUGAUAGUGAUGUAGAGAAACCUGCUGAUUCAGCUACUGCUGCUGCUACUCAGGAGGACAUAUUUGGAUCUGAUCUCUCCAUGUCAGAUGAUGAUCAAGCACCAAAACAAGCCAGUCCAAAAGCAGAUUCCCCCAAAGCAGGGUCCGACGACGAUCCUAUUUCUUCAACUAUUCAUCGGUCGGACGGAGAGAGCGAUGAAGACAAGGUUGACGAAGAGAGUGAGCUACCAGUUGAGAUGCCAUUGACUGACAUCAAACUCGGAGAAAAUUUAAAUCUUGUCAAACUUCCAAAUUUUGUUUCCAUCGACACCAGACCAUUCGAUGCUGAAACUUACGAAGACGAGAUUGAGGACGAUAACGAAAUUACAGACGACGAAGGUAGAUCUCGACUGAAACUGAAAGUGGAAAACACCAUCAGAUGGAAACAUGCGUUGGACGAGCAGGGCAAUCUGAUCAAACAGAGUAACAGUAAGAUUGUGAGAUGGAGUGACGGUACUAUGAGCUUGUUUGUAGGAUCUGAAGAAUUCGACAUAAUACAGGCUCCCCUAACAGGGUCCCACAGUCAUCUUUAUGUUAAACAUGGUGCUGGUAUCCAGGGACAAGCUCAGUUCCACAACAAGAUGAUGUUCAGGAUACACUCAACAGACUCCUACACCCAUCGUAAACUAACCAUGAGAAUAUCAGACCGAGUCAGCAAGGCAUCCAAAGCAAAAACUCUGCCGGCAGUUGGAAAGAACCCGGAAACAAGACGAGAGGAAAUGUGCAAGAAGGAGGAUGAACGCCAGGCUGCUUCCAGACGAAGGGAGAACAUGCAGAAGAAAAUCAGGGAGAAAAACAUAAAUAAAACAAUCAGCACCCGUUAUCUAGAGCCGGAUAUCGACGAAGAGGACGAGGGCGAAUCUCUCUCCGCCAUCAAAAACUCUUACAAAUCCGGGGGAGCUAAGAAGAAACAAAAGACAAAACAAAAGAAAGUUUCAGAAGUUUACAGCAGUGAAGAAGAGGAGGAGCCACUUCUUAGUGAGGAUGAAGAGGAAGAAGAAGCGGUGGCAACUGAAAGUGACAGUGAUGACGACAGGAAGAAACAAAAGAAGAAACCUGCAGUCAUUGACGAUGAGGAGGAGAGCGAUUGAAGUGAGUUUGAGAUCUGUGUACCAUAUUUGUUCAGAUGUUCUAUAACUCGGUUUGUUGUAAUGACGAUCAUGGUUAGUCUGUUAAUAAUAAGAAAUCAUUGGAAAAGUAUGUGCUAUGUGCGAGGCAUUGAGCAAGUCAUUUAUAACAUUCCACUAUCGAUUUCCCCCACCGAUUACAGUCAUUUCCAAUGUCACAAGCAUAUUUAAUGGACAAGGAGUUAACGUAUAAAUUCAUGACUUUAAAUACAACUCUUUUAAUAUUUAUUUUAGAUUCUUUGCUUUCA